CAAUUUUACGAGUGUAAAAAUAAAAGUUGCAUUGACUUUAAGUGGAAACAUGAAACAAUUUAGUUUCAACGUCGACAGAUUGCGGUUGACUGCGGAGAAAUUGAUAAAAUAUAACAUUACUUAAUGCACAAUAGCACUCAAAAGUUGGAUUAAAUACUUUAAAGUGUGAAUCAUGGCUUCGAAAAAGAGAAGUUUGGACUUGUACCUCGGAGAAGUGUUCAAGCAGUUCAUCUCGAUUAAAGAUGAUGACUUUAAGAAGUCACAGAAUGUAUUCAAGAGCGUCUUCGAUCAAGUCAAGCAGAAGAUGGGCGAACAAUGUAAUUAUUUCAAGAAAUACGGCAGUCAGAUCAUGUACGGUGGAAGCGUCUCCGACAACAUCAAAGUGGGCAAGAUGGAUGAAUUCGACAUGGACAUCGUAAUUCGCCUACCAAUCAGUUACGCAGACAUCAUCAUUGAGAAUGAAGAGCCGGGUUUCGUUAAGCUGAAGAUCACGAGUGCUUUUGAUAAUUUAGACAAGCAGCCUGACUGGGAGAAGACGCACAAGGUGACGCGGGAGUGGCGGGACUCUGAGAAGUACUUACUGCAGAAUAAGUUCCGGCAGUGGAUGCACAAGAAUGUCCAAAAAGCGCUGAACGCUAUGGAGGGAAAGGUUACGGUGAACGGGGACGUCUACUUGCUGACGUACAAGGAGUCAGGACCGGCCUACACGCUUAACAUUAGAAACGACGAGGGAACUGAGAAGUACGCCCUGGAUGUGGACUUGGUACCGGUCAUUAAGUUCAUGUAUCCUCGCGCACCGGAAGGUUACAGAGUAAUCGACGGACUUCAAGCGAAGGACUGGCUGGUUGUUCCCAAGCCUAACAAGGCUCUAAGUGACAAUACCCUAAAGAACCGUUGCUGGCGCCUGUCCUUCCAAGAACAGGAGAGAGAAAUUAUCAAAGACUGCAAAGCGUUGAAGACAACUAUCCGACUGGUGAAAAAGUUACGAGAUGCUCUGGAGAUGAGAGCUAUUGCUAGCUAUUACAUCAAAUCACUCUUCUUAAAGAAAGUGUACGAAACACAAGACAAAGCUUAUUGGCAGAACAAAGUCAGUGUGCUAUUCCGUACGAUGGUCGAGGAGUUCUAUCUCGCCAUCCAAAAGAAAGAAAUUCCCUUCUUUUGGAACUGCGACCACAACUUGAUUGGCGGGCUAAGGGAGAGUUUACAGAAGAUUUAUUGCGAUAAGUUAAAGAAUGUGAUUGCAGCUAUCGACGCGAAUGAUAUUGAAAAGGUGGUCGGGGCAUUGUUGACUGCAGAGGAAAUGAAAGAGUUUAAAAAGUCUGAGUUUUAUUUGAAACACGGGGAGCUGGAACCUUUGCUGAUGACGAGUUCUUCUGUGUCUUCUUUUGAGUCGUCUCCGCCGGACAGCGCCUUGUCCAGCCAAUUAAGAACGUUGACGGACGAACUCGACUCGUUGCGUAUCAAUAACGAAAGAGACCAGAAGUUUGAAGAACUGGAAGGUAAAAUGAACAAGCUAGCAGACAAAGUUAGUCUGUUGGAAUGUAGAAUGAAGAAAAUUGAAAUGGCUUUCAGUCAGUCACAAAAUACAUCUAGUCCAGUUAUCCAGUUAGAUGAUCUGAUCCAGAUCAAUUAAAUCGCAUGAGUAAUUUAUUGGCAUUUUACAACGGAAUUUUUCGCUUGAUCUUGUGAUUUUUGAGGAAAUACAUGCAAAUUAUUUAGAUCUAUGAUAAAUUUUAAUUGGAAUGCUACCAUUCCACCAGUGACGUAACUCUUAUAUUAUGACCGUAAAGCGUUGCUUUGAUUCAUAAGGGAAUUUCCACCGAAUUUGCAAAUAUGAAUACUGUCUAUAAAUACAGUUUAUUCACAUAAUGAAACCUAGAAAUAGAUUCAAGCAAAUAUUUGUUCCGUACAGGAGCAUGCGCCAUAUAUGCAGCUACAGAUGUACUACACAGGCGAAUUGCCAAUCAUGCAGUCGAAAGAUAUAACUAUAAUAAUAUAACUGUAUGAUUUCUUUAUAGACAAAAUUAAAACGUAACCCAAGACAAUAAGGUUAUGUCUUCAUAGGUAAUACGUUACCAGUGUUGCAAUGUUCCACGCGCGCUUCAUGUUAGAGCGACGCCCCAUUGGUGCGUUACGUCGUCACGGCGUUUAUAUAGUUUUUGUGACAUGCCCUAUUACACCGUUGCGUCGUCCCUCGCGACGUUUCAACGGAUCAAUGGACAAGCAACAAAGCGGGAGGUAGGCUGAUGCGCUGCGUUGACGGACCGUCAUCUCUUUUAUAUCUGCGACGUCGUCAUCCUUACAACCCUGGUGGGGUGUGCAAUGCAUUGUACCGUUGCGACGAUGCGACGCAAUGCAGCGCAAUGGACAAAAGGGUAUGGCUUUAAUGGGGCAUCGCACUUACAUGUCACGAGACAUGUUGCUGCAUCAAACGUCCUCAUUACUGUCGUUUGUAAGGCAAAACAUCUCGCUGUUUCCUUAUUGUUUUAUUAUUAUUAUUAUCCGGUAAUUAUGAUAAUCUAAUGUUGGUAUGUAUUUUAUGAAUAUUAUUUUUAUAGUGCAUAUGUACGUAUUGACUAAAUACCUACCUAUUGUAUACAUAAUCAUGAAUUCCUAUAAAAUU